AUGGGUUGCUGUGCAUCGAGACCAACAGACUCGCGUGAUCCAGACCAUGGACACCCACAUGCACCUCCUCAGACUCAACACUCCUCUCAGGUCAUAACAUCGCAGACGGCAAUCAAUGGUGCAUCCCACGACCCCGACUCACGCAACUUCGGGGCUCCUUCAGGUCUGUCGAUCCAUCAGAGUGAGACCUCGAGAUCGGCACUGUCCACGCCCCGAGACUCCGUCAACCACAACGCCAGAUCGCGGCAGCACCGACGCUUGUCUCUAGCAGAUCAUUAUAACUUGCCUCUGCAGCCACCUAAGCCGUGGAAGAGCAAAGACAGGACAUGGACAUACACCCAGUUGCAGCGAGAGAGGUAUGAGUUCUUCGAGACCAGAGUCACAGGGAUCCCCGAAAUCUGGCACGGCUUGAAGCAGGUGAUUGAAUGUCUGCACGAAGGUGAUCUGGCCGACGCCCAGGGGAUCCUCGAUGCCCUCUCGGUGACACUCCCCACGGGGAAACUCGAGGAGGGGGCAUAUGAUGAGCACGGAAACCUGUACAAGAUACCCCAAGCCGUCAUUUCAGACCCCAUCGACGUGAUCGAGGACCACACAGACAUGGACUCCCAGACCGUCAACGGGACUAACGAUAUCGACCCUAUUGCAGCCAAGCUAGAAGCCGCAGAGGAUGGCGGCAAUCUAGACGGCAGCAAGGACGGAUCCAAUGAAGAAAAGGUCAAGGAAGCAAAGGGCAAAGCACCCGUGCCAAAGGACGCUGUUAAAGUUAGAUGUCGGCUUAGCGAUCGUGGAGACCCUGAUGUGGUUGUUCUGUUGGGUAAGAGCCAGAGGGUGAGCGCACUGGUUCAGAGGAUCCGGGACGAAACAGACGUUCCCAGCAAAGCCAAGAUACGCAUCGCAUAUCUGGGCAAGAUUUUGGACGAAAAGCUGAGCUUGGAAGAACAAGGCUGGAAGGAAGGCCAUGUGGUCAAUGCUCUUGUGGUGGGGGUAUACAGUUGA